AAUCGUAGCGUAAAAGAGAAACAAUAACAAGUCUUGCUCUCUUGAAUAUUCCCGGAAUUUUAUUCCAUUUCCAUUCCUGAAUAUGUGUGAAGGAAGACUAGUGUACCUGCUACUGAAUUCACUUACUUUUAUGCAUUGCUCACGAAGCUACUAGGUGAAGUCCAAUUGGAUAGAAAAUGGGGCUCAAAUUUCAACGCCUUCUGUUCGUAUUGAUCGUCCAAUUGGCGGUUGUUGCCGGAGAGUUUUUCAAACCGUUCAAUGUGACCUACGAUGGCAGAGCUAUGAUCAUCGACGGCAAGCGGCGGAUGCUCAUAUCCGGCGGAAUUCACUAUCCCAGGGCCACACCGGAAAUGUGGCCUGAUUUGAUUUCCAAGAGCAAGGAAGGUGGAGUAGACGUUAUCGAAACAUAUGUAUUUUGGAAUGGUCAUGAGCCAGUAAGGGGACAGUAUGUCUUUGAAGGAAGAUAUGAUCUUGUGAAGUUUGUGAAGCAAGUGGCUGCCAAUGGACUAUAUUUUUUUCUCCGUAUAGGGCCUUAUGUCUGCGCUGAGUGGAAUUUUGGGGGAUUUCCUGUUUGGCUUCGUGAUGUACCUGGCAUUGAAUUUAGAACAGACAAUGCGCCCUUCAAGGACGAAAUGGAGCGAUUUGUCAAAAAGAUAGUUGAUUUGAUGCGAGAGGAGUCACUUUUCUCAUGGCAGGGUGGCCCGAUAAUUAUGCUGCAGAUUGAAAAUGAAUAUGGAAAUAUGGAAAGUUUUUAUGGAUCUAAAGGAAAAGACUACAUGAGAUGGGCUGCUAAAAUGGCAGUUGGACUUGAUGCUGGCGUUCCAUGGGUCAUGUGCAAGCAAGUUGAUGCACCAGAGAAUAUAAUCGAUACAUGCAAUGGAUACUAUUGUGAUGGUUUCAAGCCAAAUUCCAACAACAAGCCAAUUAUUUGGACUGAGGAAUGGGAUGGAUGGUAUACUUGUUGGGGUGAUAGACUUCCCCAUCGCCCUGCACAAGACAUUGCGUUUGCAGUUGCUCGCUUUUUCCAACGUGGGGGAAGUUUUCAGAAUUAUUACAUGUAUUUUGGUGGAACAAACUUUGGGCGAAGUGCAGGUGGGCCAACUUAUAUUACUAGCUAUGAUUAUGAUGCUCCACUCGAUGAAUAUGGACUUCUUAGGCAGCCUAAAUGGGGACACUUGAAAGAUUUGCAUGCUGCCAUAAAGCUUUGUGAGCCUGCUCUUGUUGCUGUUAGUUCACCUAAGUAUAUUAAAUUGGGUUCCAAGCAGGAGGCACAUAUCUACCAGGAUAAGGGACAAAAGUGCUCAGCAUUUCUUGCUAAUAUUGAUGAGCAUAAUUCUGCUACAGUGGUAUUCCAGAAACAAGCUUACACUUUACCUCCCUGGUCAGUGAGUAUUUUGCCGGAUUGCAAAAACGUUGCCUAUAGUACUGCCAAGAUUGGUGUGCAGACUUCAAUUAAGACUGUUGGAGUUGAUUCUGUUGCUUAUUUAAAUGAACCUUUGCCUAUGAAGUUGAUGGCACCAUACGAAGUUGAAUAUAUUUUGAAAACCUGGGAGACUGUGAAAGAGCCGAUUGGUGUCUGGAGCGCCAGAAACUUCACAUAUCAAGGCAUUCUGGAGCACCUGAAUGUAACAAAAGACCAGUCAGAUUAUUUAUGGUAUCUGACCAGAAUAUAUGUUUCUAAUGAGGAUGUCAAAUUUUGGGAGGAGAAUCAACUCAUUCCUCUGCUUACCAUUGAUAGCAUGCGUGAUUUGGUAUAUAUAUUUGUCAAUGGCCAAUUUACAGGUAGUGCAAGAGGGAAAUGGGUAACAGUAACUCAGCCAAUUGAUCUGAAAGAAGGAUAUAAUGAUAUCCUCCUAUUAUCUCAAACAGUGGGCUUGCAGAAUUACGGCGCCUUUCUUGAGAAGGAUGGUGCAGGUUUCCGGGGUCAAAUAAAGCUAUCUGGGUUUAAAAAUGGAGAUCUUGUUCUUACAGAAUCUAACUGGACUUAUCAGGUUGGGCUGAAGGGAGAGUACUUUAAAAUAUACGCCAUCAAUGAAAAGGGAACUGUAGAAUGGUCUGAAUUGCCACGUGAUGCGACUACAACCAGGUUUUCCUGGUACAAGACAUAUUUUGAUGUCCCUGGUGGAGUAGAUCCCAUUGCCAUCGAUUUGAGUAGUAUGGGGAAGGGUCAGGUAUGGGUCAAUGGCCACCAGAUAGGUCGGUAUUGGACGUUAUAUGCCCCCAAAGAUGGAUGUCAAACUUGUGAUUAUCGUGGUGCUUAUGAUUCCAACAAGUGUUUAACAAACUGCGGGGAACCUACUCAAUCCUGGUAUCACAUACCACGAUCAUGGGUGCAGGCUUCAAAUAAUCUUCUUAUCAUCUUUGAGGAGACUGAAAAGGACCCUUUUGGGAUUUCCAUCAAAUCGCAUUAUACAGAAACCAUCUGCGGAAAGGUCUCAGAGGAUCAUUUUCCUCCCGUACAUGCCUGGUCGCUACCAGAGACCAUGAAUGGAACUGUUGUACUUAAUCGCAUGGCUCCUGAAGUGUACUUGCACUGUGAUGCUGGAAACUCAAUAUCCUCUAUAAAGUUUGCAAGCUAUGGAACUCCUCAAGGCAGCUGCCAAAAUUUUUCUAGAGGCGAUUGCCAUUCACCCAAUUCAUAUUCGGUUCUCUCUCAGGUGUGUUUGGGAAGACAAAACUGUACGAUUAGUGUAUCGAACGAUGCAUUUGGAGGAGACCCUUGCCGUGGUGUUGUCAAGACUUUGUCCGUAGAAAUGAAGUGCUCGCCAUCAUCAACCGCCACUUCCUCGCUGAUGUAGUCGCCACGCCACACCUCCUCCACUUCAAUCAGAGGUGUGUAUGAGUCAUGAUAAGUACAUAGUGCAAUAUUGUUUCCUUUGUCAGUUUUAUAUUUCGGCGUUGUAUAUUGAAAUUCAGCCACAAAUGACAAAACUUUAUGUUGGAGAUUUUUUAACAUUUUUCUUUGUUGCAAGAUACGAUCAAUAAAGGCCAUAUGUUUAGAAGAA